GAUGCAAAUGAGCCUGAGCCUUCCGGGGUUUGGGGCCGGGACUGCAGUGCUGGAAGCUCAUUGAAAGCAGCCACUGGUGGAGGCGGGGCUCCGGCCAGUUUCCCUUCCACCUUCCCCCACCCUCCUCUUCCAACCUCUGUUUGGCCCCUUGCUGUGUUCCAGUCGUCGCUGCAGCUGGUUCUCAGCCCUUUUCAAGACUCCAGCGACCGACCACAAGCUCUUGUUUCCAGGAUGGUGAUCCGUGUAUACAUUGCAUCUUCUUCUGGCUCUACGGCGAUUAAGAAGAAACAGCAAGAUGUGCUUGGUUUCUUAGAAGCCAACAAAAUAGGAUUUGAAGAAAAAGAUAUUGCAGCCAAUGAAGAGAAUCGGAAAUGGAUGAGAGAAAAUGUACCUGAAAACAGUCGACCAGCCACAGGGUACCCCCUGCCACCUCAGAUUUUCAAUGAAAGCCAGUACCGUGGGGACUAUGAUGCCUUCUUUGAAGCUAGAGAAAAUAACGCAGUUUACGCCUUUUUAGGCUUGACAGCACCACCUGGUUCAAAGGAAGCAGAAGCCCAGGCAAAGCAGCAAGCUUGAAUGUUAUGUGUUCUUCCUUCAGCAUCUUGAAAAAUAACGUAUCUCCACUGCUUUUAUAAAACUCCUGGCUUCAAAAGAAAUGGGCUUAAAUGUUGAAAUAAUAGAUUAGUUGAUGUUCUCGCAUGCAAACAAGCAUAAUUAAAAUGUGAAUAUGGUGGUGAGAAAAAUGAGAGAUGAAGUUAAAACUAAGUAGAUAUCAUAGAAUAGGAUUGUUAUCUGCCAAGGUAUCUUAUGUUCUGUAAGGAUUUUACAAAAAACCAUAUGCUUCUUUUUUGAUAUUACUGUGUAGUGUAAGGAUAUCAUCAUUUCAACUUUGAGGAAUUAAAAGAGGAGAAAGAGAGAGAGAAAGAAAGAAACUCUUAUUCCAGAAUUGCCUCAUUAACUUUAGUGAACAUGAAUAUUUUGAUGUGAUGUUACUGUUGCUGAAAUGGAUUUGCAGGUUAUGUUAUGAUGUGUUAGACAUUGUAAUUUCCUAUGGUGAUUGUGACAUUCUUACAUAGGAGCAACUUGUAUGUCCCGAACUACCAAUUUUCCAGGCUUCUAGAUGUAACCUUUCAUUGCAUAUUCAGUGAUCAAAAUAGUUGAUUUCCUAUAAGAAAAGCAUUGAAUGCAUUCCACUGACAGACUCCUUGUCUACUUAUGCAGUUAUAACAGAAUCAAAAAUAUGGAUGUAAGAAGAUUGCAAUUAAUUUUAAAUUGGCCCUUCUUGCUUUUAAUUAACCAUUAUACAAUAUUGCCCCUCAUUGUUGAAGACAAAAAGAAAGCUUAGUGGCUCCCUUCUCCUGCUUUAAUAUAGCUGGGGAUCAUGAAUGCCACUGUCCCCUGUUAGCUGAACUUUCUGUUUCAGUUUUGACAGAUUGUGUGAACACAUUAGUCGAAGUGGAAAGAAUUGCUAGCAUGCUUUGAUUUUGUCAGAAAACACAACUACCAAAGAAAAGGAACAACUUUUGCAAUAUUUUGAAGAUAAGCAUGACCCAAAUCACUUAACCAGAAGGCAUUGAUAUUGUACCUUUGUCUUGUAUUACUUUAUUUUUCAAAACAAUCACCUUUUACUUCAAAUGACUGUAUCCUAUCUGCUGUUUGCAAGACUGUACUCUCAAAAAUCCAACAUAUAAUGAAGCCAUAGCUUUGUUUACUGAAAUUAAAACUUGAUUUGAUGCUUUUAAAUAAAUGUUUUUAGAAACUGUGUUACUGGACUCUAAAUAAUAUACAGUAAUUUUGAUGAGUAAUUGUUAUAGUUGGUUAGAAAGGAUAAAACAAACAAAUAAGGAAACAAACAAACAACAAAUAAUUUGAAGGCAAUUUCUCAGUGUUUUAGUGACCUGAAGUUUGGACUGUGUAUUGGAGUCAAAAGUAUCCCGUUUUUUUUUUUUUUUGUUUUUUUUUCAUUUUACAAAAAAAUAUUUCCGAGAGAACUCUGUGGAAAACAGAGUGCUUUUAAUGGAUUCUGGAGUGAGCAAAAUAAUUUUAGCUAUUAUUUUUUCUUGAACGUUGCUACAUGCAGCAGGUGAUACUUGCAUUAUGGACAAUUUUAACUUUUGUUUUGUAUUAAAUAAUGGUGUUUCAGACAGGCAUUAUUCAAAACUAGAUGCAUUGAUUGAUGCUUCUCGCCAUGGGAUAAUACCCUGAAAUCGUCUUAAAUCUGUAGGUGGAAAGUAAAAGUUUGGACUGAGUCUUCUCCAAUUGAAGUCUUUCAUUUUGUCAACUGAGAAACGUGCCUGGUCGAUGAAAAGGAAAUAACAAUUCAGAGGAUUAAGAUGAGUUUUGAAAGAAACUCCACAGUUUGUGCCUGGGAAAUAAAAUUCUUGAUUUUUCUUUAUAUUAUGUUUGGCAUAUUUGUGUUAAUAAACAAGACUUGGUAAUUUGGUAAUUUCACAUUUUGGAGCUCAUUUACCUUUUAGAAUUUUUGAUUUUCAGAAAGUCCAUUUUCAGAAAACACUAUAAAUUGUUAAUUGUGGUGUUAAAUGCAAAUAAUUCUUUAGGAAUCUGAUCAUAGGUGAAUAGAGAAUUUUGAAACAAAGAUGAUUUGGAUUGGGAAAGACUAAGUAAAUACAGGGAAUUUUGGUGAAAUCAGGAAAAAAACAGUAGAAUUCACAUGGAUUUUGUUAAACACUUAUUGGUGUUUAAACUAUAUCAAGUUUGUCAUUAAUCCUUUUCUAUGUAACACAGAUACUUCUUUUCUUCUGAUGAAUUCCAAUAAAACCAAUUAAGUGAU